UAUAUGCUAGAAUUUAAUUUGUAAAAAGUUGAUCAAUCCAAGACAGCAAAAAAAAAAAAAGCCUUGUAUCCCAAAUCUGCACAUCCUCUCAUCUUCAAUCUUCAUUAUUAAUAAACCUAAAUCUAUCUAAAAAGUUGUAUCUCUCUCUCUCUCUCUCUCUUUGGGGGGUGCUUCACAGCUACAAAAGUUUUAACCUUUUUAAAUCGGCCGUACUUGGAGGAGGAGGAGGAGGAGGAGAAGCUUUUCCGUUUCUCAUUCUGAAAUAUUUCUAAGGAGAGAUCUGAAAGUUUUCGUUCCUUUUAACCGAUCAUCUGAUCUAGCUUUUGGAUGAUGAUGAUUUUGAAUAUAAAUAUGACUACUUUGUUAUGCUGAGAAGAAUCACCAGAGGUUUUGUAAACGGGUUAACUGAAAGAAGAAGAUUUCUUACGCGUUGUAUGGAGUAAGAAUGCCAGAGUUAAGAAGUGGAGCACGUAGAUUGAGACAACCUAACCCUCAAGUGAUUGACCAGGCGGAGAAUAUUGAGCUUCCUCCUCAAGCUGCAACAAGGAGAAGAGGUGGUGGUGGUGGUAGAGGAAGGGGAAACGCCGCGAAAGCCGCUGCACCUCCAAGACCAACUGGUAGGGGACGAGGCAUCAGGCUAAUAGAUUUAGAGGCGGAGCCUUGUGAGGUUCGUCCAGUGGUAGGUGAACCGGUGGCUGCUGAUAAGGGUGUCGCUAUGGAAGGUGGUAGCCCGGAUAAGGCAGUGGGUGUGGAAGAAGAUCCCAGCUCAGCUCCUGUCCCGGAAAGGGUACAAGUUGGAAACUCCCCUGUUUACAAGACUGAGAGGAAGCUCGGUAAAGGAGGGUUUGGUCAAGUUUUUGUUGGUAGAAGAGUGAGUGGUGGCAGCGAUAGGAUUGGUGCAGAUGCUAUUGAGGUUGCUCUGAAAUUUGAGCACAGAAAUAGCAAAGGAUGCAAUUUUGGCCCACCUUACGAGUGGCAAGUGUACAAUACACUCAACGGUUGCUACGGAGUUCCUGCGGUACAUCAUAAGGGUCGUCAAGGAGAUUUUUACAUUCUUGUUAUGGACAUGCUUGGCCCCAGUCUCUGGGAUGUUUGGAACUCUUCAGGGCAAUCGUUAGCACUCUUCUCCUCACACCACACUUUCUUUUUCUUUUGCAAGAUUUUUUCAUAUGACUCAUGUUCAUUGACAUGUGGCAGGAUGUCUCCAAAUAUGGUAGCCUGCAUUGCGGUUGAGUCCAUUUCUAUUCUUGAGAAAUUUCAUAUGAAAGGGUUUGUCCACGGAGAUGUGAAGCCUGAAAACUUUUUACUCGGUCAACCUGGAACAGCAGAUGAGAAGAAACUCUACCUUGUUGAUCUUGGUCUAGCAUCAAAAUGGAAAGAUUCGCACUCCGGCCAUCAUGUUGAAUAUGAUCAAAGACCUGAUGUGUUCAGGGGAACAAUAAGGUAUGCAAGUGUUAAUGCACAUCUAGGUCGUACUGGAAGUCGAAGAGAUGAUCUAGAGUCAUUGGCUUAUACUUUAAUUUUUCUCCUGAAGGGAAGAUUACCAUGGCAAGGUUACCAGGGUGAUAACAAGAGCUUUCUUGUUUCCAAGAAAAAGAUGUCAACUUCUGCUGAAUUGAUGUGCUGUUUUUGUCCACCACCGUUUAAGCUAUUCCUAGAGGCAGUUACUAAUAUGAAGUUUGACGAGGAGCCCAACUAUGCAAAGCUUAUUUCGAUUUUUGAUACUUUAAUUGAGCCAUCUGCUUUAUCUAGACCACUUAGAAUUGAUGGAGCUCUUAAGGUUGGGCAAAAACGAGGAAGGUUGCUUCUUAACUUGGAAGAGGAUGAACAGCCGAAGAAGAAAAUCAGAAUAGGCAGUCCUGCUACUCAGUGGAUCUCAGUCUAUAACUCUCGUCGUCCCAUGAAACAGAGAUAUCACUACAAUGUGGGAGACUCGAGGCUGGACUCGCACGUACAGAAGGGUAAUGAAGAUGGGCUUUUGAUUAGCUGUGUAGCAUCAUCAGUUAAUCUCUGGGCACUCAUUAUGGAUGCUGGAACUGGAUUCACUUCUCAAGUCUAUGAACUGUCCACGGUCUUCCUCCACAAGGAGUGGAUUAUGGAACAGUGGGACAAGAACUACUAUAUAAGUUCGAUAGCUGGUUCAGAUAACGGGAGCUCGUUAGUUGUUAUGUCAAAAGGAACUUCUUAUAGUCAGCAGUCAUACAAAGUCAGCGACUCGUUUCCAUACAAGUGGAUAAAUAAGAAAUGGAAAGAAGAUUUUCAUGUAACGUCUAUGACAACUGCUGGUAAUCGUUGGGGUGUGAUAAUGUCUAGAAACUCUGGCUUCUCUGAUCAGGUGGUGGAGCUUGACUUUUUGUACCCAAGCGAUGGAAUACAUAGGAGGUGGGAGAGUGGGUAUAGAAUAACAUCAAUGGCAGCAACUGCGGAUCAAGCAGCUUUCAUAUUAAGCAUACCAAAGCGUAAACUGAAUGAUGAAACUCAAGAGACUCUUCGUACUACUGCCUUUCCAAGUACUCAUGUCAAGGACAAGUGGGCAAAAAAUCUAUACAUUGCAUCAAUAUGCUAUGGCAGGACAGUGUGCUGAUACACACGCAGCAUCAUAUGUUCUGUUGGAAAGCCAAAGACAACUGGAGCUGCUUGAGGAGUUAUAAUACCAAUCAAAAUGGUAAAACCAGACGCAGCCUGAUUGUUGAAUGCGUCUUGGUAUGUAUGUAACAAAAGAAAGAAAAGAGAAGAUGGAAUUAGUAAUAGAUGGAUUUGAGAGCUUUUUAAGCCUUCAAGUGUGUGCUUAUUUAUUGUUAUCAUUUGCCUUGUUCAAAGCGUCUCUAGACUUGUUCCUGUUUUUUCUCUCUUCUUAUACGUCUGAUAAGUGAGGUGAGAAAGCAAAACCAAACUUAAACCUA